AUGAUACCUCCAGGGGAACUGCCCAACUACGAGAUCUUUCGCGACUGUCUCUCCGACGUCCUCAUCCGCAAGCUCACCACCAGGCCAACAAAGCCAGCGCGCCGGCGCGCAGCUAAGGGGCGCAAGAACGCAAUCAAACCGGUGAACGCUGCGGUAUCUGAAGAAGAGCAGAGCGCCAGUGACGCGGAAGACCUAGGCGACUUCAUUGACUACCUAUCCUCCGAAAUAUUCACCUCCCUCCCCCCAGAGCUCCGCCUCCUCUCCUACAUCGCUGUGCAAAACGACGCCGCGCUCCGCGAGCGCUACACGGAUUCCCUACCGACAUCAACCCUUGAGACCCUCACCUCCACUCUGCCCCCGUCCGUUCCCGACUCCCUCCUCGCCUACAGCCUCCUCCCCGACGCCUCCUCCCUUCCCACCUUCCUCUCCAUCCCCCUCUCCACCUACAUAGCCGCCACAACCGCCCCACCGCCCGUCUGGUCCAACACGCGAGCCUCCGCCUGCGAGAUCUGCGAGCGCGACUGGAUACCCCUAACAUAUCACCACCUCAUCCCAAAAUCGGUGCACGAGCGGGUGCUGAAGCGGGGCUGGCACGACGAAAGCGUGCUGAACAGCGUGGCGUGGUUGUGCAGGGCGUGCCACAGCUUCGUGCAUGGGAUUGCGGGGAAUGAGGAGUUGGCGAAAGAUUGGUACACCGUGGAGCGGCUGAGGGAGAGGGAGGAUGUGCAGAGGUGGGCCAAGUGGGUAGGGAGGGUGAGGUGGAAGACGAGAUGA